AUGUUCCCGGCAGGCAGCGGCCCUGCCCCGGACCAGGAGCCCCUGCUGGAGGAUGCCGUGCGGAGCGGGUACAGCCUGCAGAAGCCCAGGGACCGCUGGCACGGCGCCUACCUGAUAUUCUUCCUCCUGGGCAUCGGCUCCCUCCUGCCCUGGAAUUUCUUCAUCACGGCCAAGCACUACUGGAGGUACAAGCUGCAGAACUGCUCGGAUGAGCCCGGCCCGGUGGGGCAGGCCGCCUCGGACCUGAGGGACUAUUUUGAGAGUUACAUCUCCAUUGCCUCCACCAUACCCUCAGUGCUGUGCCUAGUUGGAAACUUCUUGCUUGUCAACAAGGUUGCUGCCAGCGUGCGGAUCCUGUCGUCCCUGUUUGUCAUGCUGGCUGUGUUCCUGGUGAUCACCGUGCUGGUCAAGGUGGACACCUCCACCUGGACCACGCCUUUCUUCGCCCUCACCGUGGGCUGCGUGGCCGUGGUCAGCAGCGCCUCCACCGUCUUCUCCAGCAGCAUCUUCGGCCUCAGCAGCUGCUUCCCCAUGAGGAACCUGCAGGCCCUGCUCUCAGGCCAGGCCAUGGGUGGCACCAUCAGCGCCGUGGCCUCCGUGAUCGACCUGGCGGCGGCGGCCGACGUCACCGACAGCGCCCUGGCCUAUUUCCUCACUGCCGACAUCUUCAUCGUCCUCUGCAUCGUGGUGUACCUGCUGCUGCCCCGGCUGGAGUACUCCAGGUAUUACCUGAGCAGCCAGAAGGAGAGCCCCUCUCUGGUCACUGUGCCGGAGGACCAGGCAGAGCCAGGAGGCACCGGGAGCUGCUCCUCCUCCCUCACAAGGAGUGCUGGCAUCCCCCCACUCCGCCCCAUCCUGCACAAGACUGCCCUCCUCGGCUUCUGCCUCUUCUACGUCUUCUUCAUCUCCAUCAUCAUCUUCCCUUCCCUCUCCUCCAACAUCGAGUCAGUCAGCAAAGCCUCGGGCAGCCCCUGGAGCACCAAGUACUUCACACCCCUCACCUGUUUCCUGCUGUACAACUUUGCUGACUGGUGUGGCAGGCAGGUCACUGCCUGGAUCCAGGUGCCAGGCCCCAAGAGCAAGCUGCUGCCUGCCCUUGUCCUCCUCAGAACCGUCUUCCUCCCUCUCUUCAUCCUCAGCAACUACCAGCCGCGGGCUCACGUCCGGACCGUGCUGUUCGACAGGGACAUCUACCCCGUGCUGUUCACGGCCCUGCUGGGGCUCAGCAACGGCUACCUGGGCACUCUGGUCAUGGUCUACGGCCCCAAGAUCGUGCCCAAGGAGCUGGCCGAGGCAGCAGGGGUGGUCAUGUCCUUCUACCUGGUGCUGGGGCUGGCUCUGGGCUCUGCCUGUGCUGUGUUCGUGGUGCACCUCGUGUAGAGGGGGCAGCCAGGGAGGGGGGUCCCCUC